UAAUUUUUAAAAUUAAAAUUAAAAUAAAAUUUUCAAUUAAAUAAAAAUAAUUGAAGAGAGAAAGAGAGACGGACGACACGUUAUAAUUUUCAACUUGUUUUUUCUACAUAAUUUUAUUAUUUUUGUUUUCUUACUCAAUAUUCGUCAUUAACAAUAACAACAAUUUAAAAAAACAAACACAAAUACCAUAAAAAACAAGAGAAAUACUAUGGAACAUUUAUCACCACCACCAUCACCUCAAUCUGCAACAUCAUCAUCUCAACUUCCAGGACAAUUUGUAACAACAACAAAUUCAACAGCGGCAUCAGUCGCAGCACUUGAUAUGACUUUAUCAUCACAAAAAAACUGGAUUCAAAGAGCAUCUGCAUUUAAUACUGUUUUAGCAGCAUCAGCUGGACAAAAAUUUAACGGAAGAGAUCUUCCACCACUGCUUUAUAAUCCGUUAUUAUAUUCGAGUGCUUUGCUAUGGCCACAAUUUUUUUUUCAAUCAACAUCUGGUAUUACAACACCAUCAACUCCAGCAACACCACAUUCACCUGUCUAUACUAGCAAUAAUCAAAAUAGAGAAUAUACUUUGACACCAGAAAGAGAUGAAAUGAUGACAAAUGAUGAUGAAAAUAUGAUGCCAUUAAAUUUAUCAACAAAACAAAAUCUAACAAAUUAUUUAAGAGAUGAACAAAAUUCAAUAAAUGGUCGUCAAAGUUCUAUAACAAUUAUUGAUGAAAAUGAUGAUGAUUAUGAUCAAUUACAACAUCAACAUCAUUUAAAUAAACGUGAUCAUAAAGAUUUAUAUCAUAACCAAAAUCAAAAUAAUCUUCAUAAUAAUCAUGGUUCACCAACACCACCACCAUCAGCAAAAUUAAUUAUGGAUUCAAUACAUCCUGAUAACGAUAACAAUUCAAGUGAUGAUGAUGAAAAUAUAAAUAAUAAUCAUAAUAAUUUUGAUCAUAAAAAUGAUGAAAAUGAUAAUGAUUUAAUUACAUCUGGUGGUACAUUAAAUUUAUCAAAUCGUUCUCAAUCAGCUGUAAUAUGGUCACCAGCUAGUAUGUGUGAAAAAGAAUCGUCAAUUUUAUCACCAACAAUAGAUCCAAUUGUUAGAAAAUUUAAAUAUGAACGUCGAAAAUCAAGUUAUCAUAAUCGUAACUCAUUUGAUAAUAAUCGACGUGAAUCAUCAACAACACCAACAUCAAUUUAUUCAUCACCAACAUUAUCUUUAGAACAACAACAACAACAACAUCAACAAUCAUUUUUACAUUCAAUUAAUAAAAAUAAAAUUAUUUCAUCUGAUAAUGAAAUUCUUAAAAAUAAUACAAUAAAACAUCAUCAACAUGUUGCUGCAUUAGCAUUAUAUGCUUCUCAACAACAGCAACAACAGCAACAACAACAUCAUCAUUUAAAACAACAACAACAAAAUAUUGAAUUAGAUAUUUUUGCAAAAUUAACUCAAAGUCAAAGAGAAUUAGAAAUUUUAAGACAAAAUAGGACUGAUAUAUUUGUAUUCAAUAAUAAUAAUAACAAUGUAUGCCGUGAAUCUAAUUCAAAUAGUUUAAAUUUAAAUAUUAAAAGAGAAAUUCAUAAAGAAAUUAUUCAAAGACCAGAUUCAACAGCAAAUUUUGGUAAUAAUGGUGAAAUACAUCAUCAUAAUCAACAUUCACCAUAUCGUGAUGAAGAGAAACGUAGAGAGAGAAGUUUUCAGUGUAAACAAUGUGGUAAAACAUUCAAAAGAUCAUCAACAUUAUCAACACAUUUAUUAAUUCAUAGUGACACAAGACCAUAUCCGUGCCAAUAUUGUGGUAAACGUUUUCAUCAAAAAUCUGAUAUGAAAAAACAUACGUACAUUCAUACAGGUGAGAAACCUCACAAAUGUACAGUUUGUUUGAAAGCAUUUAGCCAAAGUUCUAAUUUAAUAACACAUAUGAGAAAGCAUACUGGAUAUAAACCAUUUGCAUGCGGAUUAUGUGAUCAAUCAUUUCAACGUAAAGUCGAUUUAAGACGACACCGUGAAAGCCGUCACGAAGAAAAUUUUUCUGGUUUAAGUUUAGAUGAUAAUAAAUAUAAUAUGGUUACAAAAAUUGAAGUGACAAGUAGUUGCUGA